AUGUCUGUCGUUAGUGACUCCGGUCGCGACGCCGACUCUACCAGCCACGGCAAGACGCCUCAUCGCCGCAACGACUCCCCUGAGUUCCCCGACUUCAUCAGGUAUAUGUCCGACGGCACCAUGUACGUCCGGGACGACUCGCACGGAGGCAUCACUGUCCAGCUCUCUGCAGAGGGUACCGCCUCCAUCCGCCCCACAGACAACAAGCUGCGCAAGAUGAGCGGUCAGCUCCUGGAGCCACCUCUCUUCGUCACCCCGGAGCACCUCCUCCUCAGCGACCUCCUGCGCGAGCAAGCCCCGGACUGGAAGUUCGGGCUGGCCAGCAUCGAUAGCGACGGAGUCGUACACGCGGGCAAGUCUCGUAUUCCCGCAGUCACCUUCGAUUUCGCUACGGACGGGUCUGCUGUCGCGCGCGCAACGGCCGCUCCUGUACGUCCUAAGGACACGGAGCGCACAGCGCUAAUGGAAGAGUUAAUCGUUGACUCUACUAUUGCCAGGAACAAGAGCCGCAAGCGUGCGCACAUGGAGCGUCAGGAGAAAGCGGAGAAGCGCCGCAAGGAGGAGACCCACGACUCGGCCAUCCUCCAGCUCCACUCGCAGACGUCUCCGAGGCUACCCGCGCCCUUGUCGAUGCCCUCGCGCUCGAGGGGCUCUACUUCCACCCGUCCUCGCGCAACGCUCGCGUACACCUCCCUGAGCCGACCGGCGAGCCCCUUCACCGCUCGCGCUCCGCGCCCGCCUCCCCUGGACUCCGCUCCUCUCCCUUCGCUCCCCGAGACUCUCCCAUCCAGGUCGGCGACCCCCUUUCCGGAGGACAUCACGAUGCGCGACGCGACGACCAUGGAGGAACUCCCCUUCCGCGACGCGUCUCCUUCGGUCCAUCUCCACAGCGUCGCACCGACCUCGAUGAUCACUCUGCCAACCGGCGUGGUGGACCCAUUUCUCAGCUUGGACGAGUAUCUGACGGGGCCGUUCUCGGGCUCGUCACCUCCCUCCUGGCCCGAUUCGUCGUCCGCUCUCUUGGCGAUGGAUACUCCUUCCCCGACCGAAGCCCUGAGGCCGUGCCCGGAGAACGAGUUCCUGACCGGUCCUAUAACGAUGGACGUACCUUCGCCCCCGAGCGGCCACUCCCGCGUCGCCGCCCCGUUCCUUCCCAGCUCCGACGUAACGACUUCUUCGACCGUCUUGCCCACGACCUCGCAUUCGGGAACUCAACUCCCUUCGACAGCGCGUGGGUCGUCGAUGGAGAGGUCUUCGUUGAGGGUGGUGACUACGAUCAACCCGAGCCUGUUGAUCGCGAGCCCGGUCCCGAGUCGCAGCGCGGUCGUCCUCGUCGGCGGGCCUCCCGAGGCGCCGGACAGCGCGGACGUAGCACGACCCGGCGUGGCCUCGGGCGAGGCCAACACUUCGGGUUCGGGGGUGCUUCAUACGGCUCUAGCGGGUACACCCGCUACUGAAGGCGUCGCGAUCGCUGGUAGCACGUUCGUGUCUACGGACAAGUGCACCGGUGUCUUCGACGACCUCACCAUUAGCCCCAUCACGGACUACUCUGACGUUUAG